AUGUCAGGUUGUUACGACAUAUUGUACCUGCAUCUUGGCUCUAACGAUGUUUGCUGCAAGGAUAGCGAUUUCUACCGUUGUGUGACAGAGAUCCUUGAUGCUGUAUUCAGUGUGUGCACUGAAAUACACGUGGUGCUUUGCGAGAUUCUUCCACGUGAUUUUGAUGUGAGAAUGUUUCCCCGAUGGCCACUCUCAGGGGCACAGUUGAGGAACUACUGCCAGUGGAUAAGAAGCGCAAACAGCAUGCUGUGGGAACUGAGUCACCAUGUGCCUUCUGUGAGAUACAUGGACUAUGGAGCAACUAAACAGGACGACCUGCCAAACCAGCUGUGUGUGGAGGCUGCUGUUCAAGAUCCUACAGAAUUGCCAGCUCUCUCAGCCACGGAAGUACCGGUUCAGGAGCAUGACAGCACCAUAGCACUCUUUUCGGAUAUAAAGCAGACUGGAGCUCAACCAGAGAUUCAAGACAAGGUGGAUGCAAAUGAAGUACCAAUUCCAAGGGACAUUAAACCUCAGACACAUAAAAUGACGGUAACGUUUCUAUGCAUUUAA